AAAAAACCGUACUCGGCGGUGACGGUCACCAUCGAGAACCUCACGGGUGAGACCUACGAGGAGGAGGAUCUCAGCGGCAUCCCGGAGCUCGUCGAGGUGAUCAAGCUCCAGGCGUCGGGCCCCAGCGAGGCCGCCCGCGCAAUCAGGAAGAAGCUCAAGUACGGCAACGUGCACCGCCAGAUCCGCGCCCUCGUCAUCCUGGACGGCCUCAUCCAGAACGCCGGCCCAAGGUUCCAGCGAGCCUUCGCCGACGAGCCGCUGCUGGAGCGGCUGCGUGUCUGCGGCACCUCGGACCUCUCCGACCCGGAGGUGAAGAAGAAGUGCCGGGAGCUGUUCCGCGGCUGGUCCCAGUACUCCAACACCCAGGGCUUGCAAAAGAUUGCUCAGCUGCACAGGGCAAGUGAACUUCCAAAGCGCAAGGUUACUGUGACCCAGGAAAGGUCCAAGGUCUUGCGGGAGACCGAGGACAACCCAUUCGGAGACGAGGAGGAGGAAGCCGCUCGGCAAGCCGCUGAGCAGGCUGCCGCGGGAGCCUCUGCAGCUUCCUCGAGCAGGGCACCGGAACCAACGCCCCACGCGCCCAGCCAUAAGAAGACCUCCUCCUCCGGCUCGUUCUUCGGGGGUUCCAAGGACAAGAAGAAGGAGAAAGAUAAGGCCAAGGGAGGGAAGCGGAAGCCGUUCAACCUCGAGGCGGAGAAGGAAACAAUGAAGGUGGUAAUUGCCGACGCGACGAUCCACUCCACGAGCCUGCUCAACACCAUGCAGAGCAUCAACAGAGAGACGCAGAGAAUAUCCGAUCACCCCAAGGCAGUCGAGGAGUUCGAGGCCUGUAAGCAACUCCGCAGGAGAGUGCUCCGCUAUAUUCAUAGGGUUGAGCAAGAAGAGUGGCUCGGAAGUCUUCUCAACGCCAAUGAUGCUCUUGUUCACUCCCUCAUGUCAUUCGAACAAAUGGAUCGCUCAAUCGACGCAGAUAGCGACUCCGACGAUGAGCUGGCAGAGCAGGCUCACAUGUACAGAAUGAUGACCGAAAAGGCCAGCCAGUUCGGCAAGGCUCCAGCUUCGCCUACGAGCUCCCAACCCCCGGAUCUGGGUGGCCUGAGCUUGAACGCUCCCGGAGCUCCCCCCAGGCCGUCGGCGACGUCGAAACCUCACAGCUCCCCCCCGAGGCAACCUCCCCGCCCGGCCCCGGUCCAGGAAGACUUCGCCGAGGAUGACGACGACGACGACGAGGACAAUCCCUUUGGAGACAGGAAUGUUAUCGAGACACCAUCACUCGAGAAGGGCGCUCCUCGCUGGUGA